UCUUGCAGUAGCAUCAAAAACACACAAACCAAUUCACAAUGAUGAAAAUUAUCGUCCUCAUAUCUGCGCUGGUCGCCAUUGCUGCCGCCAAGCCAUCUCUAGUCAGCGCCCCCCUUAUCGCCGCUCCUGCACCUGUAGUGACUGCGACCAGCUCUCAAUACUACCACCGCAUCAACAACGGCUUAGCCGCAUACUACGCUGCUCCUGCUGCAUACGUCGCUCCUGCUGCACCUUACGUAGCAUCUCCUUAUGUAGCUUCCCCAUACGUCGCCGCCGCUUCUCCUUACGUCGCCGCCCCAGCUGUCGUUGCCUAUGUUAUAUUAUUAUCGAUAACAUGCGGUAUAGUCAAAAGUUCUGGAUUUCAUCCGGUCGCUCCAGCUGGUGCAGCGCCGAUAGUUACAGCUGCAAGUUCACAGUAUUUCGAAAGGACAUUUAAUCGCCUUGUCGCAGCGCCAGUACAGCCAUUUAUUCCUGUAGCACCAGCGCCACCAAUUGCAGUAGCACCAGCACCACAACCUAUUAUACCAGUUUUACCUCUGCCCCCUGCUCGACCAGUGGUUGUAGAUGCAUCUAGGACCACACCUGUGGGCAAUCCAACAAGUCCAAUACCAUCACAAAGUGCUCCUUCGGAUCCAAAUGUGGCCAUCGCAGUUGCAACAGCUCAUGCUGCCGCUCCUGUCGCAACUAUACUUCUGCCGCCAUAUCCAUUUGGAUUACCACCCUCAUUUGGAUUUAUACCACAGUCACCACAAGCCCCACCACAACCGACAGACAAUCCCAAAAUCAACAGGGAGUCAACGACUAGAAGAACAACUUCAACCCAAGUAACAACAACCGAAAGUGUGCAAGAAGCUACAACACCAGUGCCAUCAAAUAUUGACAAUAGUUUUGCGCAGGCUCUACCUUCCAACCAGAAUGUUAAUUUCAAACAAUAUUUAGCACCAGCACCUGCACCAAGACCAGUACCGAAUCCGAGACCUCAAAAGGUCAAAACUAAUGUAGAAGUGGUGCCUGUUCCACUAGCGUAUAUUGCUCCACCACCGCUUGAUCUACAUCACCAUCAUCAUCACCAGCAUCACCAUCAUCACCAUCAACAUCAAGCGCUUAAAGUAGUUCCGCAUAUUCAUACGUUCAUACCAAAGACAAGAAUAAUAAUAAGACCUGUCACUUCGCCUUUACGGGUCAGAACAGUUACAAUUCCGGCAGGAUUUGCUAAAUAUGGACCACCAAAGUUGGUUAAAAAGGUGGUAAAGAGAUACCCACAAAAUAUACAAUCCAGAUCACGAGAUACAGAACCUACUACGUUCCGUCCAGUGAAUUUUCCUUUUACCAAGCCACCCAGGAUCAUCUUCCUUGCCAGCAUUGCUGUAGCUAUUGCCAAACCUAGCCUGGCACCAGCUGCUCUAGUGGCACCAGCGCCAUUAGUUGCCGCCGCAGCUCCUUUGGUUGCCGCACCUGCUCCUAUCGUCACCGCGUCUAGUUCUCAAUAUAUUUCAAGAAAUUACAAUGGAUUUGCCGCUCCAUUGGUCGCCUCAGCACCUGUGGUUACAUCCCCAUACGCAUUUGCUGCUCCUUACUAUGCACCCGCAGCCAGAUUUGUAGCUCCUGCAUCGCCUUAUGUAGCAGCUGCAUCACCAUACUACGCAGCUUCCGCCCCUUUGAUUGCCCUUAAGUGAAAAAAAUGUU